AUGUCGAACUACAUGGAAGUUGUUGUUGAAAUGGUAGAACACGGAUCACUAAAUGUAAACGGUGAGUUUAGUAACGAAUGCAUAGAUGAUUUAAUAAAUGAAACCUCCACAGAAUUGUACAUCGUUCUAUCGUAUAAUCACGAAUUAAUUAAAAAAUUAGAUAAGAAAAAUUACUACUAAAAACAAUACAUUUAUUCUUUGUUAAAAAUUUAGAAUUUAAAUGAUUUAUGUGUAUUACUAAAUACGACGUUUUUUUCAUGCGUCUAUAAUCAAUUUUGGUUACAUAAAUCUCACAUUGAUAAAUACAUGUGUACAAGAACUUACUUGUAGAUUAACAUUCAGUUCGGUGAUUAGUAAACAAUUUGUGUAACCCGUUAAUUUCCAAUCGGUUAUUUUACAAAAAUUAAACACUCCGUUGCGUUUAUUAGGGAAUGUUGAUGUUGAAUUAUCGAACGAUGCGGUUAAAAAGUUUGACUACGAAGAGGACAUCAUCGAUUUAACGAUCAGAGCAUUGUCAUUGACGGGACGGCGUCCGUUGAAACGGGAAUUACCGAAUGAGUUUACGAACCACGUCGAAAAUAGAAUAAAACGUCAAAAAUUGGAAGAUGGCGUCAUAGUAACGGCUGCGGCUAUAAAAACCAAACGAUCGUGUUUUUUCGAAAUUGUUCCGCGGGCACCUAAACGAGGGUGUUCAGAAUUAGCAUCGUCGGACACGAUCAGCCCACCGAAACGGAAGAAGCUAACACCGAACGAUAUCGCGACGUAGUUAUGUGGUAAUAAACUUGUACACAACCAGUGGCGUGUCCAGGAAUCUCCUACGGUAGAGGAUGAUGGAAUAGCGAAUAUUAACCGUAAACAAAUCUUACAGAAUGCUUCUUCCCUGUUCGAUUCCACAAUGUCAAUUUCAAGGCCGGAUCUGCAAAUAACCGUAUUCCGAUAACCGGAUACGUCGAGUUUUUCCCUGUUAACUUAGCCGAAU